AUGGAAUCACCCGACCGGAGGGUCUCAUCUAGCCUCGAGCUGAUCCUGGCUGUUCUGACGCCUAGUUUAGCCCAUACAAUUAACCGGAAACUGCUGCUUCUAAGGAUGGUUAAAAUAAAAACAAUUUGUUCAGCCAUCGAUGCCACUUCUGCCAUAAAUUUAACCGCCGUCAAAGGCAAACUUGAUGUCCUUGUUCUCUCGGUACAACAAUCCACAGGAUUUCUGUACUCUUGCUUUCAUCUUCCUAGCGCUGCAGGCUUAUCAUCAGGCGCCCUUUUUCGUACUUCCAUCCCAAUCUUAGCUCAAUCUCUUCGCGAGCUUGCUGAUCUGGCCAAAUCUACCCCACCCCAUAACAACACUCAAAUGUAUUCUCUCGAUCAUCCUCUCAUGGACACAGAUUUCGCAGAGAGGUCAUUAGGGGCCCAAUUUAUGGUGCAUGAUGUUAAGAUGCUAGAUUCUACUGUCCGAGUAUCGAGCCCCGAGAGCCUCAGUCCCUUUGUACCAGGUGCACGACGAAAUGUGACUUCGCCUGUGAUGGCUGCGUACCAGAUCCCUCUACUGGGACAGCAGCCACUGAUCGAGCCUACCAGGUUCGGUGGCCAAACUAUGGACUCGUCCAAGUCUUCCAAGCACAACAGGGUCAGCUCAAUACCGACUUGCCUCUUUCGUUUUCUUACUGUACGCCGCCAUAAAGCACUGGUUUAUUCGUGA